UCUGAGAUGGCUUCUUCUACUGCACUCUGCAAUGCCUCUGCCUCUGGCAAGAUCCCAGACAUCUUAUAUCUCCUGCAAAAUGGUGCUCAAGUUAAUGGAUUAAAUGAGUUUAACAGGACUGCAAUACAGGUGGUGAUGCUGGGAAGCAUUAAAAGCAUUGAGAUUCUUCUAAACGCAGGGGCAAAUCCAAACGUGCGCGACCCCUCGUGCGGUCUCACCGUGACGCACGACGCAGCGCGUGAAGGAUUCCUGGACUCUGUGAGCAUUCUGAUCAAAGGCGGGGCAGAUGUGAACAUUGCGGACAAUAAAGGUAACCUCCCGCUGCACCUGGCCGCCGGAGAGGGCCACUUGGAGGUGGCCAAGCUGCUCAUCGGAUUCACUGAGAAACCCAAGAAGACCAACAAUGAGGGAGUCACCGCCGAGCAGCUCGCGCGCGACCACGGGAAAACGGUCGUAGCCGCGUUCAUCCAAAAUUAUCAGAAGUAAAGCUAGAGGAAGAGGAUGGCAAAGACAGCCUGGAGUUUGUUUCGCAACUUCCGCUUUUGUCCCUUUGCUGAUACUUCAAAAUUUUUUGCUCUUUUUAAAUAUUUUUGUUUUGUUUCCUGACCCCCACCACCCCCAAGUACCUAAAACACAAAAUACCUAAUUUCUAAAGGAAUAUUUCAGUGAAGUUUCAUGAAUUUCAUGAAAACAUUUUGAUAUAGAGAUUUUUGAACAUUUUUUGGUGAACUUGACCUUUGACCUUCUCCACCAAAAUGUACCAAAAUUUACCCCCCGACAACUCCAGAAUUUUUCAUUCAAAUCCAUCCUGCUAACAGACAGAGAGACAAACAAUACCAAAAACAUAACCUCUCCACCAGAAAAAUCAUAUUUUAAAGUUUUUCAAAAGCCAAUCAAAUGCAUUUCUGCUCUUUGUGAUUCAGUAAUUUAUAAUGCAGUCUGAUGACAUUGGGUGGUAUCUAUUGCAGUGUAGUAUCAGCAGAUAGACAAUUUGGGUUAGGGGAGGUAUGCACGCUACUGAAUGCCCUUCUAGUUCAAUUACUUUUAUGCAUUUUCCAAACUAAAAUAUCAUAUACUGUGAAUUGCUUUGAACUGAGCCAUAAGGGACACACUCUAAACUAACACUUUCACAUGAGCAUUAACUUUUUUAAGGAUUCCUGUGUUGUGGUCAUCAAAACAAACUGUCAGAAAAAAACAUUUUUGUGACUGCGCUAACAUUCAUCACAUCCUGCAAAUAUAUGCAAUACCAAA